GUGGGAUACUGCUAAGUCACGAACAAAGAUGGCGACCACUGAGACCGCCAGAGAGAAAGCGUUAGUCAACUACAGGAAGAAACUGUUAGAACACAGAGAGCUUGAUGCCCGACUAAAAGAAAUGAGAGAACAACUGAAAGACUUAAGUAAGGAGUAUGACAAAUCUGAAAAUGAUUUAAAGGCUCUACAAAGUGUUGGUCAGAUUGUUGGGGAAGUUCUGCGACAGCUUACUGAAGAAAAAUUUAUUGUGAAAGCAACUAAUGGUCCUCGUUAUGUCGUGGGUUGUCGGAGGCAGGUGGACAAAAAGAAGCUGAAGCAAGGUACAAGAGUUGCUCUGGACAUGACAACUCUCACCAUCAUGAGACAUCUUCCCAGAGAAGUCGAUCCACUUGUUUACAACAUGUCCCAUGAAGAUCCCGGAAACAUUUCUUACUCGGAGGUUGGAGGACUCAGUGAACAGAUCAGGGAACUGAGAGAGGUUAUAGAACUUCCCUUGACAAACCCAGAAUUGUUUCAGCGAGUUGGAAUCAGUCCACCUAAAGGAUGCCUUCUGUUUGGUCCUCCAGGAACUGGAAAGACACUCCUUGCAAGAGCUGUGGCCAGCCAGUUGGAUGCAAACUUUCUCAAGGUUGUGUCCAGUGCAAUUGUUGACAAAUACAUUGGAGAAAGUGCAAGGCUCAUAAGAGAGAUGUUUGGUUAUGCCAGGGAUCAUGAACCUUGUAUUAUCUUUAUGGAUGAAAUUGAUGCUAUCGUAAUUUGUCUUCUGCCUUUGCAGCUUUUAAAUCAGAUGGAUGGCUUUGAUGCUCUGGGACAGGUGAAAAUCAUUAUGGCAACGAACCGCCCAGAUACCCUCGACCCAGCUCUCCUCAGGCCCGGCCGUCUCGAUCGGAAGAUAGAAAUUCCGCUACCAAAUGAGCAAGCUCGUAUGGAUAUCUUAAAGAUUCAUUCUGCGAAGAUAACAAAGCAUGGAGAGAUCGACUACGAAGCAGUUGUGAAGUUGUCUGACGGAUUUAACGGUGCCGACUUGAGGAACGUAUGCACUGAAGCAGGAAUGUUCGCUAUUCGCGCUGAGAGAGACUACGUCAUCGAGGAAGAUUUCAUGAAAGCUGCACGUAAAGUCUCCGACAAUAAGAAGCUGGAGUCCAAACUGGACUACAAACCUGUUUGAUGCAGACCUGUACUUCUGAAAUCUUUGCUCGUUCAGUGUCUUGUCGAAGUCAUCACUUUUUCUUCAAUAAAUCUUGGGCAAGAGUGCCAUAUAACCCCAUACAUUAAUUAUGCAUAGAGUGAGAUAGAAUAAA